AUGUCUCACAUGCUGAAAAAGUUGCCCUUCCUGAAGGACAGCCAGGAAGCCCAUCCACAGAUGACUAACAAUGACCUGCAGCGGUGGGACAACCAGGAAGCCCAAUUCUCCGGCUCCCACCCAUCCACUUCCUCAGCUGCUCAGCGAGCCAUGCAAGUCCUGCCUCUGCUGGUGAAGUCUUCUCCAGCUCCCAUGGAGUUCAGGAGGAAGAGUCAGCUUCCGGUGCUAGGGCUGCCCGAUUUGGCCCAGAGAGGAACUGUCAAGCCCCCUCUGAGGGCUGCUCAGAUGGAGAUGAAACAUGGCCAGAAGGAGCCUCCUCCCCUGCCAAGGGGGCCCGAGAGGGAAAAGAGGGGCAGCCUCGACCAGGGGAGAAAACGCUCCCAAGAUGCCAUCCUAUCUUUAUAUCCAGAACUCUCGGAUGAACACUUCCGGUACUUGUGGGAGAGCAAGAGGUCGCUCAAAGGCAAAUCGGUAAAAGAAAUCUUGGACUCGAUGGAGGACACAGAAAUAUUGGAUACCAUCUUGGAACAUCUUCAUCCUCCCCAGAUUCCUGCAGACCACAAAGUCCCCAGGGGGAAAAUCAAUGAAUUGCAGCCCAUCAACCAGAAGAUUUCAAUGCAACAAAGCGCUUCCCACUUCGUGUCUAAAGAUAAGUUAAACCUGUACAAAUACUAUGGCUUAAAAUUGAAGAAUACCAAGCAGAAGGACCUUGUGAAAGAUCACCUCCAAAAGCUUCUGGCAAUCACACUUGCGGACGAGACAGACAGAGAGGGAGUCUCGGAGACCAUCCACCUGGCUGCAUUCCAUCAUCUUCCAGAAGUUCUUUUGGUCCUCAAGGAGGUCGGUAACAUCAUGCAGCCCAAGAGACCAUCUCUCUCGGAAGGCUCCCAUGAGGACACACAAUAUCUGUCUGACAGAAGGAUUAGGACAACAUUAAUCCUCUGCUAUGGACAAGCAGCCCAGGGAGCCUCCCCUGAAGACCUGGGUGUUUACAUCCAGCCCAUCGUGUCCGAAAUUCUGGUCCAGUACUCCACCAUGAACAAGGACGAAGGUCUGAAGAAAGCCUUCAUGAAGUCCAUCAUCAUGGUCACCAAGGCAGCUGCCCUCAGCAGGAGGCAAGACCUCCAUCUACCCCAGAAACAGGAAUUGGUCACCAAGAUCAUUGAAGUCAUUGAAGAUGAGCCCGCGAGACCCCUGUCCGUCGUAAUUCUCCAUCAAGCCAUCGUCACCAUCAUCUGCAUGAGCCGUAUGAAGCCCUCCUUGCCCUCUGAGGUGAGGUCUGAAGUGGUCAACCAAAGCAUCCGGAAGGUGUUUUCAUUGCCAGCUAUCAAGGUGUCCACAGUCAAAACAGAUAGCCAACCCCCAUCAUCUCACUCUCAGGAUUUCUAUCAUCAGACAGCCACUGCCUGCAACAAUAUGUUGACCGGAUUGCUGUCCGAGGCUCCCAAUUUGGAUGCCCUGCAGGAGAUCCUGACGCACACAAAUCCAUGGAUCAAUUCUCCUAAGAGCCACGAGAGAGAGAGGGCCCUCAAGACCAUCAAGCACCUCCUCAAGUUCGUUUCGGACAAUGUCAAUUUCGACACGACAGCUGAUUUCUCUUUGCUGGGGCAGCUGGUGGCUUUGCUGGCCCUGCACAUUGGCGACACCAGCCCAGUAGUUGGCCAGACGUCCGCAGAGGCUGCCUACCACCUGCACCACCUCCUAAUGAGCAAAAUGGCGAAAGAAAUGGACAAGAAACAGAAGAACAAAAAGGGGAACAUCGUACAUUGGCUGAGGGAGGAUUUUUUUGUUUCGGGCUCUGGGAUCUUCCACAACAACAUCUCCAAAAUGGCGAAGGCCUUUGGGGAGCACCUCAGCCCGUUGCAGCUAACAAAGCUGAUCUUGGAAGCCCUGGAGAAUCUGACGCACGUGGACAAGAACAUCUCUCAGUCCGCGGGGCUGCUCCUCAACUCCAUCCUGGAGGAGUGUGGCAUGGAUAUAGAGGAACUACCCAUGAUCUUGAAGGAGAUCUACCACCGUCUCCCGAAUAUUGCCCACACAGCAACGAAAGACCUCACCCUCAAGACCGUAUGUCACCUGGCCUCCAAGAGGGUCAACCGAGUUGUGGACAUAUUGCUGGAAUCCUCUGUUGGCUGUGAUGGAAGCGCCAAGGAGAUUUGGGGGGCGCUGGCUGCAGACCCUUAUGCCAACCUCAAGAUCAUGAAGCCUCUCUUGAAAAGGCUUCAGGACCAAGACCCCGGAACCGAAGUCCUCUCAAGGAGGAACAGCAAGUCCCUCAUGCCCAUUGCGGCCACCAACGCCCUCUGUUUCCUCCUGUCCCUCCCGAACGCUGCUGAGCUCCUCCACAACAAAUUCUCCAACCUGCUCCUCGCCCUGGUCACGCAGCUGUACUUCCUCCUGGGAGCCAGCAAGAGUGGAGCCAGGAGGUCCAGCAGAGUCAUAGACCUUUCAGAACAGGUCAACCUCUUGGGCACGGCAGUGCAGGCGAUCAAAAAUCUCAUCCUGGCUGCCAGAUAUGAAGAGGAAUACAAAGAGUUGGGGACGCUGGGAUGCUGGGAGAUGCUCUUGAGCCCAGAUAGUCUCUUUGAGGCCAUUUUCCACCUGGUCCGGAAACUCUUCAACUACUCUAAAGUGGAGCUGAAGGUGAUGUUCAGGCAGGCCAACAUCUACCUGCACCGUCCUGACUUAAGGGAGAAGACAAUUGGCAUGGUGUUCUUCUCGGAGCUUCUCUAUCACCAAGAGGUCGGACACUUCUUCGUCAUGAAGGACAUCCUCAAUGUCCUCCAAGACUGGAUGGCUCAGCCAUAUCCCCUCAUCCAAAUAUUUGCUAUUCGUGGUCUGGGGUAUCUUCUCCAGCACCCCUUCGAGAAUAAGAUGUUAGAGCCGGUGAUAGUCCCUGUGGUCAACUGUGCUUGUCACCCAGACAAAUUUGUGGCAAAGGAAUCACUGCGGACCCUUCAGUUCCUUUUCCGGUAUCUGAAUGCUCAAACCUAUGGAUGGAAAGCUGUCAAUCUUAUUCCGGUCCUGGGGAAGUAUUUUGCUGAAGAGGACAUCGAGUUGCGCAACACCUCCAUCAUCCUUUUUGGCCUGAUCUUAAAAGGGCUCAAGGAGACAGAGGGGAAUCUGACCGAAUCCAUCCUGCACAGCCUGAUUCCUCUUGUCAUCCAGUUGGCUAAUAAUCGGACCCAAGAGAGCAACGUGGUUGCAUCAUAUGGACCCUCUGGAGAAGGCAAAGAGAUUCUGGAUAAUCCUCAAGUUAUCUCCCGGAACACCCUGACCUCCUGCGUCUCCUUUAUGAAGUGGGAGGAAGUUCCAGAUAAUUUGUUUGACUACGAGAUUUACACCAGUCUCCAGAGCAUGUAUUCCAGUAUCUGCUCGGAGGUGAUCGUUCGAUGCAAGGAAAACCUGCCGGAAAUGUUGGAGCAGAUGCUGGAAUUCCUGAAGAGCCGGAAUUCUUUCUCCCGAGAGGCAGCUGCCAUCUUAAUUGGCUGCUGCGCAGAAUACAUGACACGGGAUGUGGUGACUUCUAAACAAAUCGAAGAAGUUUUCCUGGGUCUCCGGGAUCUGCAAGAGGAUCGUGAAGCCUCCGUGGCUCAGGCUGCAGCUGAGUCCAUGGAAGUAAUCUUCCGGCAGUGCGGCCAUCGAAUCAACCCGGAUCUCAUUAGCAGCCAGCUCCUCUCCAAAGUCAUCCGGAGCAUCUCAGUGACCAAACUAUCAUAG